AUGAUCAUUUCAGCAUUACUUGCUGCUCAUAGAAGAAAAAUGCGGAAGAUUUAUCUUGAUAAUAGGCGAACAAAGUCAAAUAAAAGAAGAAGUGCACCAAGUGGUAGAGGAUCCUCUAAAAUUGUUAACAAAUCUCUGUUAACCGACGAAGAAAAUCAUAAUCCUAAUCUUCCUUCGUCAUCUAAUACUUUUCAGACAGUGCGUAACUUUACAUCUUUAACAACGACAACACCCUUAAGUGGCAUAACAACUGGUGCUAUUACUUUUAAUAACCAAUCAACCCAUACGCCUAGCAGUUCUCAGUUUUCUAUUGUUUCAAACAUUGUUACACAAAACAGUAACAACAUUCUUCGAUCUUCUUCUACGUUGACUAAGCUUAAAUCUGGUAAACAAAAGGUUUUACCUAAGAAACGUAUUAUCGAACCUAUUCCAAUGGUAGAUCUUACUUCUGAUGACGACAAUGAAAAUUUACAUUCCAUUGAAGACCCUUAUAAAGGUGUAUCCACAGAUUAUUUGGAUCACGGUAAUCAAAUCCUUAGAUGCGAGAUGUGUCAUUCAUUAUUAUGGUCUGACGAAGGUGGUAAAGGUCGAAUUACAUUGGGUAAGUUAACUUAUAGUUUAUGUUGUGGUUAUGGCAAAGUGGAGCUUCCAGAAUUGAAAGAACCUACUUCAGUAUACAAGGAUCUAUUUGGAAAUUCUAAUGAAAAAAGUAAGUACUUUUUAAAGAAUAUCCGACGAUACAAUUCUAUGUUCUCCUUCACAUCAAUGGGUGGAAAGGUAGAUUCGAGUAUCAACAGUGGUAAGGCACCAUAUGUAUUUCGUAUUAGUGGACAGAAUUUCCACACAUUAGGUGGUUUGGUACCUGCACCUGGUAAAGAUCCAAAGUUCUCCCAGCUUUAUAUUUACGAUACUGAUAAUGAAGUUUCAAAUCGGAAAAGGUUAUUCAGUGAAUCUACAAAUAAGUCGGAUUCUCAUUUAAAGCAAUUAGAUAUUCAGCUCAUAAAGUUUAUAAAAGACUUCCUGGAUCAUAAUAAUGAGUUGGUUAAAAGUUAUAGAAUUGCAAGAAACCACUUCAAUGAGAAUCCUAAUGAAAAUUUCAAGCUUCGUCUCAUUUACAAAAGAGAUCUUGACGGUCGUACUUACAACUUGCCCUCAACUUCAGAAGUUGCUGCAUUGAUAGUUGGUGAUCUACAUAAAAUAAUUGAUCAUCGUGAUAUUGUUGUUGAGUCUCAUACUGAAGGUCUUCAACGAAUCAGUGAACUUCAUCCAUCAUAUCUAGCACUUCAGUAUCCAAUCCUUUUUCCUAAUGGUGAUGAUGGAUAUAGAAUAGACAUUCCUCAUAGGGAUGGUAUACGUACGUUAAAGAAAAUUCGACCCAAGUGUACAAUGAGAGAAUUCUUUGCUUAUAGAAUUCAAGAUCGAUCAUCUGCCUUUUCUAUAAUUUUAAAAGCUCGGAGAUUGUUUCAACAAUUUUUGGUAGAUGCAUAUACCAUGAUUGAGAGUGAAAGGCUUAAUUAUAUUCGUUUUCAACAGAAACAUCUUAGGUCUGAAACAUAUUCAAAUCUUCAAAACUUGAAAAACGAAGGAAAAGAUGAUCUAUCAAAUACUGGUAUACGUGUUUUAUUACCAUCUUCUUUUACCGGCGGAUCACGCUACAUGCAACAAAACUAUUUAGAUGCUAUGGCUAUAUGUAAAUGGUUUGGAUAUCCCGAUUUUUUUAUUACCGUUACAUGUAAUCCGAAGUGGCCAGAGAUUAAACGAUACUUGAGAAAUACUUCAAUUAAGCCUGAAGACAGGCCAGACAUUUUGUGUAGAUUGUUUAAAAUAAAGCUCGAUUCACUUACAAAGGAUCUAAAGGACAAAAAAGUAUUUGGAGAAUUAAGUGCAGCCGUUUAUACUGUGGAGUUUCAAAAACGUGGAUUGCCUCAUGCUCACAUUUGCAUUUUUUUGAAACCGGAAUCCAAAAUUUUGUCCGUUGAUCAUCUUGACAAGUUCAUUUCUGCUGAGAUACCUGAUAAGAGAGAAGAUCCAAGCCUACAUGCACUUAUGUUCAAAAAACUAUCCCAAAAAUUCAACCCUGAGACCACCACUGAUGCUGACGGUUUCCCUGUAUAUAGAAGAAGAGACAAUGGAAACACUGUUAUAAAGUCCAACGUUCAAUUAGACAACAGAAGUGUUGUUCCUUAUAGUCCGGUUCUUUUGAAAAGAUACCAAGCUCACAUUAAUGUUGAAUGGUGCAAUCAAGCUGGUUCUAUUAAAUAUUUGUUCAAGUACAUUAAUAAAGGCGCAGAUAGAGCUUCCCUUGUAGUGUCAAACCGAGACGGUACAGAAAAUGAACAAACAACAAAGGAUGAGAUCAAAGCGUAUUAUGAUUGUAGGUACGUUUCAGCCUGUGAAGCUUCUUGGAGGAUAUUUGCAAAUGAGGUUCACUUUAGGUUUCCUCCAGUUAUGAGACUUCCUUUUCAUCUUGAAGGUCAACAAAAUGUUGUAUUUGGUGCCGAGGACGAUAUACAAGAAGUUUUGGAUAAGCCAUCAGUUUCUUCUUCGAUUUUUCUAAAGUGGUUUGAGAUGAACAGAAACGAUGAAAAUGCACGGAAACUUACCUAUGUUGAGUUUCCUACUAAAUUCUGUUGGAAGUUAACAGAUAGAGUAUGGAAACCACGUAAAAGAAAGCUGUUACAGAUCGGACGGAUUCAUUCUGUUUCACCUGCUGUGGGUGAACCGUAUUUUCUUAGAAUUCUCCUAAACAAAGUCAAAGGACCCAAAUCGUUUGAAGAUAUUAGAACUGUUGGAUGGUCCAGGUGUUUCCAACUUCAGGGACGCGUGUUAUGCUAUGGGUUUGUUAGAUGA